AUGAAGCUCGUGAGAUUGGGUCACGAAAUUGUAACCACUGAAUUAAAGAACAGAACACAGGUCCAUGGAACAAUCGCAGACAGCUUACCUCUGGAUACACUUCUCGUGGAUGUUGAACCAAAGGUGAAGUCUAAGAAAAGGGAAGCUGUUGCAGGAAGAGGCCGAGGAAGAGGCCGAGGCAGAGGCAGAGGCAGAGGAAGAGGGGGUCCUAGGCGAUAAUAUCUCUCAAGACUACUAUUUCAAAGUAGUUUUGUUUGUUUAUGACAGACGGGGAAGA